ACAUGCGACUCCUCCGAUAGUUUUGCAAGGUCGAAAGUAUUGGAAUCAUAUAUCUUGAUGAAUAUGACUAAUAUGGGCCGUGAAAAUGAUCAGUUGGAGUUGCAAGGAGUUGAGUUGGCAAUGACAUCAAGUUCUUCUUCAACAGAUGAUGCCAAUGUAGCAACCUUUGGUGAAGGAAAUGCACAGGUGGAUAUUAGCAAGCUUGGAGAUCAGGAACGCCAUAUCUUCAUAGAGAAGCUUAUCAAAAACAUCGAGAAAGAUAACCUUCAGUUGUUGCAGAAGAUUAGAAAAAGAUUAGACAGGGUUGGUGUAAAAUUGCCCACGGUGGAGGUGAGAUAUAGAAAUCUAUGCGUGGAAGCCGAAUGCGAUGUGAUUCACGGGAAGCCUCUACCGACGUUGUGGAACUAUCUUCAAAGCACGCUUUCUUACCCUGCAGUGACGCUGUUUCGUUCAAAGUCAAAACAAGCAAAGAUAAGCAUUAUUAACAAUAUUAGUGGCAUCAUAAAGCCUGGAAGGAUGACUUUGCUGCUUGGUCCUCCAGGAUGUGGGAAGACCUCGCUGUUAAAGGCACUUUCAGGGAAUCUAAACAAGUCCCUUAAGGUCACUGGGGAAGUUUCUUACAAUGGAUACAAACUAGAAGCAUUUGCUCCCCAGAAAACAUCAGCGUAUAUAAGUCAAGAUGACUUGCACAUUCCUGAGAUGACAGUAAGGGAAACACUUGACUUUUCAGCCCGUUGUCAGGGUUUAGGAAACCGAGAAGAGAUUAUAAUGGAGGUCGGCAAAAGGGAGAAGCAAGCAGGAAUUGUUCCAGAUCCAGAUAUUGAUACUUACAUGAAGGCAACAUCUGUGAAAGGGCUUAGAGGAACUCUUCAAACUGACUAUAUACUAAAAAUUCUUGGACUUGAUAUUUGUGCUGGAACAAUAGUUGGAGAUGUCCUAAGAAGAGGUAUAUCUGGUGGUCAGAAGAAAAGGUUGACUACAGGCGAGAUCAUUGUUGGCCCCAUAAAAACUCUUUUCAUGGAUGAAAUAACCAAUGGACUUGACAGUUCCACAGCAUUCCAAAUUGUUGCUUGUCUUCAGCAGCUGGUGCAUGUCACAGAUGCAACUUUGUUGGUCUCACUGCUUCAGCCUGCACCAGAAACCUUUGAUCUCUUUGAUGAUAUCAUAUUGAUGUCUGAAGGGAAAAUUUUAUAUCAUGGACCUUGUGAUCACAUUCUCGAAUUCUUUGAAAGUUGUGGCUUUAGAUGUCCUCAAAGGAAAGGGGUUGUAGACUUCCUUCAAGAGGUCAUAUCAAGGAAAGAUCAAGCGCAGUACUGGUACAAUACCGAGUUACCCUACUCCUUCAUUUCUGUUGAUAUGUUCUCCAGGAAAUUUAGAGCAUCUCCUUUGGGGGAGAUGAUAGACAAGGAUCUUUUGGAACCAUACGAUAAAUCUCAAUGUAAUAAGAAUGCUCUUUCCUUUAAUGAGUAUUCUGUUUCCAAAUGGGAAAUCUUUAAAGCUUGCAUGUCAAGAGAACUUCUCCUCAUGAGCAGGAACUCAUUUUUCUAUAUAUUCAAAGUAAUUCAGCUUGCUAUCAUUGCAUUUGUCACAAUGACUAUGUUUCUCAGGACUGGGAUGAAUGUUGAUAUACUUCAUGCAAAUUACUACCUAGGAGCACUGUUUUAUGCACUCUUGAUACUUAUCGUUGAUGAGUUUCCUGAGCUGCACAUGACUGUUUCAAGACUCUCAAUUUUCUAUAAACAGAAAAUGUUGUGCUUUUACCCAGCUUGGGCUUAUGCAAUUCCAGCUAUUGUUUUAAAGAUUCCUAUUUCAUUUAUUCAAUCCCUGGUUUGGACAUCUCUUACUUAUUAUGUCAUGGGGUACAGCCCUCAAGUUUGGAGGUUCUUCCGCCAGUUCGCUAUGUAUUUUGCUGUGCAACUAUCAUCGGCAUCCAUGUUUCGUUUCUUGGCCUCUGUCUUCCAAACUAUGGAUUGCUCUGUAGCAGUUGGUGCUCUUAUACUUUUCUUCCAAUUGAUAUUUUGUGGCUUCAUCAUUCCACAAUCAUCCAUGCCAAGCUGGUUGAGGUGGGGAUUCUGGGUUUCCCCUAUCACAUACGCAACGAUAGGGCUUUCCGGCAAUGAAUUUCAUGCUCCACGAUGGCAGAAGGUCCAAGCAAUGAAUGCUACAAUUGGAAAAGAGACACUAACAAGCCAUGGAUUUUACUUUGAUGAAUAUUUUUUCUGGAUAUCAUUUGGUGCCUUACUUGGGAUUGCUUUAAUUUGGAACAUUGGAUUUAUUUUAGCCUUAAGUUUCUUGAAGCCCCCUGGAUCUUCUCGAGUUGUUAUUUCACAUGAAAGGCUUUCCAAAAUGAGGAAAAGAGAUUCUCUUAAUGAUGCAUAUGGGGAAAAUGUGUCUAACUCUUCACAUUCCUGUAAUAAAGAAGAAUCUAUUAAAGGGAGGAUGGUAUUACCUUUUGAUCCCUCAACAUUAACAUUUCAGAAUGUGCAAUACUAUGUUGACACACCUCCGGAAAUGAGAAAACAAGGAUAUUCUCAGAAGACUCUUCAACUCCUUUCAGAUAUUACAGGAGUGGUUAGGCCUGGUGUUCUGACAGCACUGAUGGGUCCUAGCGGAGCAGGAAAAACUACUCUUCUUGAUGUUCUUGCAGGAAGAAAAACUAUAGGCUGCAUAGAAGGGGAAAUCAGAGUUGGUGGUUACCCUAAGGUUCAAGAAACGUUUGCAAGGAUAUCAGGCUAUUGUGAACAAACUGAUAUACAUUCUCCACAAAUCACAGUAAAAGAAUCUUUGAUUUUUUCUGCUUGGCUGCGUCUUCCUGCUUGUAUCGACUCAAAAAUUAAAACGGAAUUUGUGAAAGAAGUUAUUGAGACCAUUGAACUUGAUGAAGUCAAGGAUGCUUUAGUUGGCAUACCUGGUCAUAGUGGUCUAUCAACUGAGCAACGUAAACGGCUUACAAUAGCUGUGGAACUCGUUGCUAAUCCUUCCAUAAUUUUCAUGGAUGAACCUACCUCAAGUUUGGAUGCAAGAGCUGCAGCCAUUGUCAUGCGUGCAGUGAAGAAUGUAGCUGAUACAGGCAGAACAAUUGUUUGCACGAUCCACCAACCGAGCAUUGACAUAUUUGAAGCAUUUGAUGAGUUGAUUUUUCUGAAAACUGGUGGGAGUUUAAUCUACUUUGGACCAUUAGGACAGCAUUCAAGCAGGGUUAUAGAAUAUUUUGAGAGUAUACCUGGGGUGCCCAAAAUUAAAGAUAAUUGUAACCCAGCAACAUGGAUGCUAGAGGUCACUUCAACUUCUGUUGAGGCUGAGCUUGGAAUUGAUUUUGCCAAAAUUUACAAGAAUUCUGCCCUAUAUGAGAGCAACAAAGAGCUUGUAAGGCACUUGAAUGCUCCACCUCCUAAUUCAAGAGAUGUGCAUUUCCCAACCCGAUUUUCCCAAAAUUGUUGGGGACAGUUCAAAUAUUGCCUAUGGAAACUACAUUUAUCUUAUUGGAGAAGUCCUUCAUACAACUUGAUGCGUCUCUUGCAUACUACUGUAAUAUCUUUUACCUUAGGUACACUGUUUUGGAACCAGGGAACGAAAAUAACUAACCAGCAGAAUUUAUUCAACAUGUUUGGUUCAAUGUAUGCCGCUGUGAUUUUCCUAGGAACAAAUAGUGGCUCUUCUGUUCAACCAUUUGUGGCAACAGAGAGAAUUGUUAUGUACCGAGAAAGAUUUGCAGGGAUGUACUCUUCGUGGGUUUAUGCCCUUGCACAGGUGGCAAUUGAGGUUCCCUAUCUAUUUAGCCAAGCGAUUGUGUUUGUGAUCAUCACAUACAGCAUGAUAGGGUACUACGGGACAGCAUAUAAGUUGUUUUGGUACUUCUAUGCCAUGUUCUCGACACUGCUGUACUUCAACUUUUUAGGAAUGCUGCUUGUCUCAUUGACACCAGAUGUUGCAAUAGCUGGAGCUUUAACCUCUGUCUGCUACCCAAUGCUUAAUCUUUUCUCUGGCUUUCUCAUUCCUCAACUGAAAAUUCCAAGGUGGUGGAUCUGGUUGUAUUAUGCAAUGCCUACAUCUUGGACAUUAAAUUGUUUGCUCACUUCACAAUAUGGAGAUGUGAAUGAUAAAAUUAUGGUAUUUACUGAAACCGUAACCAUAGCUUCUUUGCUAGAGGAUUAUUUUGGGUUUCGCCAUGAUCACCUGCCUAUUUCCGCACUUGUUCUCUUCUUCUAUCCCUUAAUUUUUUCCUCUCUUUUUGCGUUUUUUAUCACACGUUUAAACUUUGAGCGAAGGUAAAUUUCCCUUCUCUUGUCUUCAAGAUGAAAACAUAGCCCAUAGGACAUACUUAACAUGUAAUUAAUGUUUUUAUAAACAUGAUUCAAUAUGAUAAACAUUCUCUA